CUCUCCACAGUCAUUUCACAGCGAGAGAGGACCGCGGCAGCCCGUCCGGGGGAGGAACAUGAGACACGUUUGACUCGGAAAAAAAACUCAUGGAAAUAGUGGAAUUACUCUGAAUGUUUUUACUUCGAGAUCAAGAAUAGCAUUUCGUUAUGAUGAGAGCGUGAGCUGGUCCACAGCUGAUUUAUUUAAAUAUUUUCAAAAUAAGAGCUCAACAGGUCUUUUGAGAAGAUAACAACGUAUACAAAGCAUUAUGUCGUCCACUGAAGAGCCGUCUGGCACGGUCCUGCACCGGCUCAUCCAGGAGCAGCUGCGCUAUGGAAACCCCACAGACACCCGCACCUUAUUAGCCAUCCAGCAGCAGGCCCUGCGUGGAGGCAGUGGAAGCAACAGUGGACCCAGCAGUGGAGGCGACAUGGGCAGGAGCCCACGAUCCUCUCUGGAGAGUCUCACCCAGGAGGACCCUCCGUUCCCUCAGCUCUCUGCAAGGCAGGAGCCCCAGGGCCAGGAGCACCAGGGUGACUACCACCACUCAGAGAGUGGCUACCAAGUCUACCAGCUACAUGGGGAGGAGCUGCCAACUUAUGAGCAGGCCAAGGUGCACUCUCAGUAUCUGGCCUCUCACAUGCUCCUGCAUGAGGGGGCCUUCCACGAAGAGGCAGAUUUGAUGGACCUGAAGUGCAGCCAUGUGCGGUCACUCAGUGAGCAUUGCAUGCAGAUAUCUCUGGAGAGGAAUGAUGCAGCUGCUAAAGCAGAGGCCAUCAAGAGCACAUCUCACAGCUAUCCUGAACUUCCAUACUACGCACCGCAAGUCCUCCAGAGCACGAGGCAGACUCUGGACAAGCGCAGCCCACCUCCAGAGUACUCAGCCCCCAUCCAGGGCCAAGGAUUUAUCCCUCAUCAGAUCCAGGAGCCGGUGCAGGCACAGCAGCACAGGUAUGUCCAGUCGGCUGAAGUCCCCUGCUACAGCACAUUCACCACCCUGCCUUCUGUUGGCUUGGAGGAACCUAACCAGGUGGAGCUGCUGCUGAUGGAGAAUGAGAGGCUGAGGCAAGAGCUGGAAGCACACAGGGAGAAGACUGGCCGUAUUCAGAAGUUGGAGCAGGAGAUCCAGCGCAUUUCGGAGGCAUAUGAGACACUGAUGCAGGGCAGCUCUAAGAGGGAAAAUCUGGAGCAGACACUGAGGAAGAGGCUAGUGGCUGAGAUCAGGAGGCUGCAGGAUUUUAACAGAGACCUUAGAGAAAAUUUGGAAAAUGCCAGAACGCAUGUUGCAAAAGAAGUAGAAGCAGCCGACCAUAACCAGCACAUCAUGGCCAAACUCCUUGAACAAAAUGAGGAGCAGAACUUUGAGCGGGAGCGCGUGGAGCGGGAGCUGGAGCGAUUGCGUUCCACGGCGGAGGAGCAGAGCCAGAGGGCAAAGCGACUCGAGGAGGCCCUGGAUGCAGCUCGUGGACGAGGUCGCCAGCUUGAGGAGGAGUUGAGGAGGAAGAGGGCUUAUGUGGAGAAGGUGGAGAGACUUCAGAGUGCGCUGGCUCAGCUACAGUCCACCUGUGAGAAGAGGGAGAGCCUGGAGAUGAAGCUGAGGACACGACUAGAGCAGGAGCUGAGGAGUUUGAGGGCCCAACAGAGGCAGUCACAGCCACCAGGAGUGACCAUGAGCUCCCUCCAAGAGCGUCUGCAUGAGCGCGAGGAGCGAAUCCUGGCCCUCGAGGCCGACAUGGUGCGCUGGGAGCAGAAGUACCUGGAAGAGAGCACCAUGAGACAGUUUGCAAUGGAGGUGGCUGCCACUGCCGCUGCCCAGAGAGACACCACCAUCAUUAACCACUCGCCUUGCCACUCCUCUAACAACAGUUUCAACGACGACCUGCCAGUUGCCGACUACAGGAAUCAGGAGAUGGAGAACAGGAUCCGUGCUCUUUACGCUCAGAUUUUGGAAAAGGACGCUGUGAUCAAGAUCCUCAACCAGCGGCUGCAUCAGGACCAAGGACGGAAGGACGAACAAAGUCCCCGCACAAACCUCCUGAAUACAGCGGGGGCACCUCUCCGGCCCGCCUCCUCCACCCCAUCCAUCAGCACCACCAUGAGCAACACAAGGAGUAGAGGUAAGAGUCUUUCAGAUGAUCAGACUUUACCAAGCCAUCAGUUCUCUUCUCAGUCUCAACCUGGAACGCUAGAACGGCAGGUGGAGGGAACAAAAGCCAAAGAGGCUGCCAGCAAAACUAAGCUCAACAGUGACAAGGCGCCUAAGAAGUUGCUAUUAAACCCCUUCAGGGGCUUGGAUGAGCUGGAGUCAGAGGCAGUGGAAAUCUUCAUUUAAAGAACAGAGAGGUUGAUUUUGAAUGGGGUGGGGGGCAAUUCUGGGAAUCUGUGAAGAGUGCAAGUCUUUGAAUAGAGAGUGGAUUAAAUAUUGGAUGCAAGAAUGUCGUGGAAAGAGGCCAACGCACA